GCGAGAAGAAACUUUUCUAAUAAGUAAAGGAAAAAGAAUAAAAUAUACAGAAAUCGGAGAGAAUAAAAGGAAGCUUUUGAAAAAAAGUGAAAAUAAUUUCAUCUUAUAUUUCUUCUUCUCCGCUUGUGUCUGCGUAACUAUUAGGGUUCUUUUUUCCUUUUUUUAGUCUGCUCGGAUCUUGAUUAUUCUCAACGACGGAUUUCGAGGUUUGCCCUCUCUGGGUUCAAUAAAUUUCAUAUUGGGGAAAAUUAACUUGGUGGAUUUUGACUAGAAAGGGUUUUCUUGAAAAAAUCGGAAUCUUGGGUGUUUGUGAAUUGUAAUGACUACACGAACAUCAUGGGCAGAUUUGGCUGCAAAUUCUGCAGCUGAGAAUGUAGGUGUUGGCUCUUCUUCUGAUAGCAUCAAAGUUGCUGGUUCCACUUCAGGUGGUGGGCGACCUGCUUAUGUUCCUCCACAUCUCCGUAACCGUCCGCUGUCAGUAGACCCACCUGCUCCUACUUCCAGUGGCCCUGCUUCAAGUAAUGAUCGACCUGGACAAGGGGGAUCGAGUUGGGCUGCUGCUAGGAAUGGUUAUAACAACCGAUCUGGGUACGGUGGUAGUGGUGUUCGAGGAUGGGGUGGCAGAAGUGGUGGUUGGGAUCGUGGGAGAGAUAGGGAAGUUAAUCCGUUUGGAAAUGAUGAUGAUACAGAGCAGGCAUUUAGUGAGCAAGAGAAUAUUGGAAUCAACUUUGAUGCCUAUGAAGACAUACCCGUGGAGACAAGUGGUGACAAUGUGCCACCACCUGUUAAUACUUUUGCUGAGAUUGACUUAGGUGAAGCUCUCAAUCUUAACAUCCGGAGGUGCAAGUAUGUGAAGCCAACACCUGUUCAGCGGUAUGCCAUCCCGAUUUCACUUGCCGGAAGGGAUUUGAUGGCAUGUGCUCAGACUGGCUCAGGAAAGACAGCUGCCUUUUGUUUUCCAAUUAUCAGUGGAAUUAUGAGAGGUCCUGUUCCACAAAAACCAUUACGAGCACGCACAGUAUUCCCAUUAGCUCUUAUGCUCUCACCUACCAGGGAGCUGUCGAUGCAAAUACAUGAGGAAGCCAGGAAGUUCUCUUAUCAAACAGGUGUUAAGGUGGUUGUUGCUUAUGGAGGUGCUCCUAUUAACCAGCAGCUGAGGGAGCUAGAGAGAGGUGUUGAUAUUCUUGUAGCAACGCCUGGAAGAUUGGUAGAUUUGCUAGAGAGGGCUAGAGUUUCUCUGCAUAUGAUCAGGUACUUGGCUCUUGAUGAGGCAGACAGAAUGCUGGAUAUGGGUUUUGAGCCUCAAAUAAGAAAGAUUGUGGAGCAAAUGGACAUGCCUCCACCUAGUGUUAGACAAACAAUGCUAUUCAGUGCCACCUUCCCAAGAGAGAUACAGAGACUGGCCUCUGAUUUUCUAGCAAAUUAUAUUUUCUUGGCUGUGGGGCGAGUUGGAUCAAGUACCGAUUUGAUUGUCCAAAGAGUUGAAUUUGUUCAGGAGUCAGACAAAAGAAGUCACCUUAUGGACCUUCUUCAUGCUCAGAGAGCAAAUGCUUCCCAGGGCAAGCAAGCUCUUACAUUAGUUUUUGUUGAGACAAAAAAGGGAGCUGAUUCGUUGGAAUAUUGGCUCUGCAUGAAUGGUUUUCCUGCAACUACUAUUCAUGGUGAUAGAAGCCAGCAGGAAAGAGAACAAGCAUUACGGUCAUUUAAGAGUGGUGCUACCCCAAUCCUAGUAGCUACUGAUGUGGCAGCGCGUGGUCUUGAUAUUCCUCAUGUUGCGCACGUGGUGAACUUUGACCUUCCCAAUGAUAUUGAUGACUAUGUUCAUCGAAUUGGACGAACAGGGCGUGCAGGCAAAACUGGUUUAGCCACAGCCUUCUUUAAUGAUAACAAUUCAUCCUUGGCAAAGUCAUUAGCUGAUCUAAUGCAGGAAGCAAACCAAGAGGUGCCUGCUUGGCUCACUCGAUAUGCAGCUCGUUCAUUUGGAGGGAGGAAUCGUCGCCCUGGAGGAGGCCGAUUUGGUAGCCGUGACUUUCGGAGGGAUUCAUCUUUCAAUAGGGGCGGAUCAGAUUACUAUGGUGGAGGCAACAAUGCAGGCGGGUAUGGUGGAGGCUAUGGUGCUAAUGUUGCCAGUUCAUGGGAUUGACAAAUUUGCAUUUCUUAUUAGUUGUUAGCAGAGCUUACCUUUCAAUCAUAGGGACUAUUUUAUUUCUUUGGUUUACUUUUACUUAUAUUUUUCUGGUAAAUCUUAGCAAGUGUCGAAAGAGUCAAAGGAAAUUGUGUGCAUUGUGUUAGUAGGCAUUGGUGAAGAAAUUCUAACCAAAAAUAGGCAUCACCGCUUCCUCCCUGUUGCUGUCAUAUACUGGUCAUUUUACUGGUAAUUUUGUUAGGUAAUAUCACAUCUUGCAGAAUAUGUUGUGGGAGAGAGGAACAACACAUCUUGUCUGCCAUCUCGCUGCCGCAGGCGGUGGUAGUUCGGGUCUUAUUUUAGCAUCAGAUGUACCGUGCUGUACUCUACUGUAAUGAUAUCAUUGUGAAAAACGAAUUCUGGGAGCUCUUUAAG